AUGGACGCCGAUGGCUUUAAAGGCAGUUUCAUGGAGCUAUUGAUUGAGAAAGAUGAUGACAGAGAACACGCAAACGAGAAAAAUGAGGAGGUUGGUUUUGUUUUAUUCCCUACCAGUCGUUCUAUCUCUGUUUCUUCCUCAACAUCAAAAGUUCAGAUGCUCUGUUUUGGUGGAGAAGAAGACGAUGACAAUGCUGGGGUAGUUUCUGUUGAUCAUAACUGCAAGCCCAGAACUAGAAUGAAAACAGUGCCCUCCAUCGGAAUGGGAGGAGGAUGUGCCAAGUUUGGUUCUUCCAUGUCCACCUGUAGUAAGCGCAAGAAGACAAAGGUGGACGCUUUACCUGUUUCCAGAACUGCUCAGAUGGGGAAAGAGAAGCUGGGCUCGCAUGUCAGAGCUCUGCAACAGCUUGUCUCUCCCAUUGGCAAGUCGGAUACGGCGUCUGUUCUUCAGGAAGCUUUUGGAUACAUUAGGUUUCUUCAUGAUCAAGUAAAGGUGCUGAGCUCUGCAUACAUGGAAGAAGAACCAGAGUCAGCAAUGGAGUCGGAUUGGAGAGAAGGGUAUUUAAGGAAGAGAGGACUCUGUUUAGUCCCUGUCUCGAGAACGGUGAUAAUGGCGGAAAGCAACAGCGCUGAUAUGUGGGCACAGACCAGUGCUCUCAACAUGGAGAGAAACGCCGCCAUCUCUCUGGCGAGCUCCAAGCCCUAAGCCUCUUACUAGCUAAUAUUAAACCAUCGGCCUGCUCUCUCUUUUUGCCCAUCUCUCUCUCUCUGUUUAAUUUUUUGUCAUCACUUGAGCUUGCAGAAGCAAAGAGGAGAGGACAUGGAUGGCUUUGGCUCUAUACAUGUACAAGGUCUUUUUUGGAAUAUUUACAUACCUAGCACGCAAAUCUUAUGUAUUUACAA